ACAAAGCUUGUCCUUCAUGCCUCGCGUGUCAGUUUUCUCGUCGUUCUGUUCAUUUGAAGAGCAUUUACACAAGUAAACAUGCCUUCAGUGAUUAGGCAAUUUACAGCGCUUUCUCUCUUAAUCAUUGCUGUGAGGCCAGAUGGAGAAUUGUUGGAUCUGAAAUGCCAACCCACAGUUGGAAUUGUGGCGCAGACAACAGACAUCAGAUGUCAAUACAAAGACAAUGGGGAUACCAAUAUAGUUGGAGUUUUCUUAAAGAAAUCAACAGAGAAAAAUUCCAUUUUUCAAAUGUAUGGAAAUAAGAUAUAUGGGGAUAAACGAUUUACUCUUGAAAACCCAAGAAACGGUCCAUCCUUGAAAAUCACCGACACAAUGUUUUCUGAUGAGGGUAAUUAUGAUUACCGUGUUGUAACAGACCGAGGUGAACAAACGAUACGGCUUUCCAUUACUGUCACAGCCAACUACAGUGCUCCCGUCACCAGCACAUGGCCUGAAACUCUAAUAAAUGGAGGACCCGCUGACCUUUACUGUAAUGCUACUGAAGGCUACCCAGCAGGCUACAUCCACUGGUUUGACAAAACUGGAACUAACUGGACCAUUAACUCAGUCCUGAGAAAAGUUCCAAAAGACACCAAUGGCAGGAAAUCUGUGGCAUUGUCUAGUAAACUGACUUUUAAGUCUAUCAACAAGGACCUGGAACCGUUUAUAUGCAUUGUGUUCAACAGCAAACAUGUACAAGAUGGAAAAAGCACAAUAAAAUCUCCUAUAUUUUCUCCUGAGGAUCCUGAGAAGAAUGUUUUGGAACCUGAUACAACAAAGAUUAUUGCUGGUGGGAUGGUCAUUGGAUCUCUUAUUGUUGGUCUUCUGUUUGCUCUGUUGUUUUUCAGAAGAAAAAGAAGUUUUCAUGCAGACUAUGCGAGAACAGCAGAAGAUGAUCCAGAAAAUCCAUGAAAAGAGCAGCAGGACUGAGCAUCCAGGCUUCACUAUCAUCAUGUGAAAUUAAAACUAACCCCUUGUUUUCAUACUGAGGUCGCUUCAGAUGCUUUUUAUAUUGUGUGGUAAUACAUAAUGUAAUGUCAUGCCUUUAAGACUAAAAUGACAAAUUACUAGCAAAUGCAGUUUACCCCUACAAUAAGAAAUAAGGUCUGUAGCUCCACACUGAGAAUUUAAGAGAUCAGUUAAAAACUAAGGAAAUAUUUUCUUAAUUUGUAUUUUUAUGUCUGUCAGAAGUCAUUUGAAAUGAAAUACAUGUUAUUUACUUUUAAAACAGACUUUUAAAAUUAUUAAAACACAAAUUUGAUGUUAUUACUUUUUUUUUUUGCAGAGUUUAUAAUCACAUAGUCACACAUUUAUACCACAGGCAAAGGCUACACACACUUACAUACAACUACAUGUAAUUACUGUAAUGCUGCCAUUAGAUCACUUGUCACAAAUUCUUCAACACAUCUAUUACUGCUGUUUUCCACAUUUGUAGAUCUUUGUAAUUCAAAAGUGAAAAGAAUCACUGCAUUAUUUGUAUUUUGGUGAUGUUUCCAAUUGGGACAAUAACUUUGACUGUAACUCUGUGCCAAUUACAAAUUGUGGCUUUAAGAGUAUGAAUGUUUGUAUAAUUUCUUGAUUCUGAUCUUGAAUCUUUUAAUUGUUUGUAAAAAUUUAAAUAAGAACAGGUCAUCAGAGAUUAUUAAUACAUUAUUAUUGGGAUGUUUUGUUAUCACUUUGAAUCUGUAUGCAUUUUCAUCUUUAAGUGUUUCAAGUAUUUAUGUUUUGUGUUUAUAUGUCAUUAAAC